CCGACCGCAGCGCGUGCUGGUACAGUUCUCAUCCCCGUGUCCUCACACAGGCAACCAGCGACACACGGAGCUCGAGAGGCUGUACACAUUGCCGCACGAGACGACUGCAGUAUACGGCUCGUGCCUCUGAACGUAUUUUGAAAAUUAACGGUCGAAGUAGACGUUAAAGACCGAGCGAACGGACGUCGAGCAGCACACAGACGCCUUCCCGGUGAAGGUGGUUUGGUGUCCGGCAUUCCUGCCUUCUUUCCUCUCUCCUUCCUUUUCUCUUUUCUCUCUCUGUUCUUCUUCUUCAUCCCUCUCUGCUCUCUCACACACACUCUUUCUCUCACACACUCUCUGUCUCUGUGAUGCCGGGCUGUGGGUGAGUGGAUGCCCGUGACCAGACUGAAGCUGGGGAAACUAAAGGUGGUGCGGCGGCAGCUGCUGCAAAGGUAUGAACACCAGCCAUUUGUCUCCUGCCUGGCCGGCCUCUACGGUUGCCAAUGGAGACGAUACCAAAGAGCGAGGGCUCAGCCAGGAGAGUGCUGCUGCAGCAAGGUGGAGUGUGGCAGUUUUGGCCUCCUGAUCCUUACCUUCUUCCUGAGUUUUUUAUUCCUCUACUUCUGGAGUGAAGCUCAGAAUGACUACAAUGACUUCGACUGGUUUAACUUUGGGACUCUGGGAUUCUGGUUUCCCUGGUCUCUGGUCCUGCUGGUCGUUGCUGCAGCUCUCUUCACAUACAUCGCCCUGCUUUUGGUUCUGGCGGUGUGUCUGCUUACUGAGGGUCAGAGGCUAUACCUUCACUGGAGCCACAAGACUGGCAUUGUGGUGACACUUGCAUUCUCAGUCAUAGCCACCGCCAUAUUGUCUGACCUCUGGAGCAAAGAAUGGAAGACUCUUCUUCUAUCCUUGCAGGUCACAGCACCAUUUCUUCAUGUGGCUGCAGUCUCACUAAUGGCGAUUCUUUCCUGGCCAAUAGCAUUGCACUUCUUCCGCAUGAACAGGAAAGUGCGUCAGGUGGUUGUGCUGGGUCUUUUCCUCUCCAUACUCUUCUCUCUCUACCUGGUCCCUCUGGGAAUGUAUUCACCCUGCAUUAAGGAGGCAGGGACACUAGGACCUGCCCCGAGACUCAUCGGGCACAGAGGGGCUCCAAUGCUUGCUCCAGAGAACACGGUCAUGUCUUUUGAAAAGGCCUUGGAAGCAGGAGGAGAAGGACUGGAAACUGACGUCACCAUCAGUUAUGACGGUGUUCCCUUCCUGAUGCAUGACUCCACUCUGAGGAGAACCACCAACGUUGCAGAGGUUUUCCCAAACCGAACUGACCUUGAUGCCUCCAUGUUUACCUGGGCAGAGCUACAGCAGCUGAAUGCUGGCAGCUGGUUCUUAUCGAGGGAUCCAUUUGGUACUGUUUCAUCCCUGCCUGAGGCAGACUGCUCCCGGGCCCAGAACCAAUCCAUUCCCUCAUUGGCACAGUUCCUUGAGGUGGCAUCCCGUAGUGGCAGACUGGUACUGUUUGACCUACGCAGGCCACCACAUGGACAUCCCUACAGUCAAUCAUACAUAAACACCACUCUGCAGGUGGUGCAAGCCCACAUCAACUCCUCACAGGUGCUGUGGCUUCCAUCUGAAGACAGGGAGCUGGUCCAUGCUGUGGACCCAGAGCUGCAGCAGACCUCUGGAGUGAAGGCAUCGAUUCAGGAACUGAUGGACGACCACAUCACCAGACUGAACCUGCACUACAGCACCAUGUCACAACAACAGAUCAGCAAGUACCAGUCAGUGAACAUCAGCACUAACCUGUUUGUGAUCAGCCAGCCGUGGCUCUACACUCUGGCCUGGUGUGCUGGAGCUCACUCCAUAACCACCAACUCCAUCCACAUCUUAUCCAACAUCAAACAGCCGCUAUUUCUUAUGACUCCAGAGGAAUAUACUUUAAUGUGGAUUCUGACUGAUGCUGUGUCUGCCUUCCUCAUUAUUACGGUUUUCAUAUUCCACUGGUGGAGAGAGAGAGGUCUACCCUUCUGGUCCGGCAGCCGUCAGACUCAUGAGAAUGGACCGUACAGCAAGUUCAGAACGGACUCUGCAGAGGUGAUCUUUGUGUGCUGGAGCCCGCUCAAUUCUGAUCCCCAUGACGGAGGCUUCGUCUCCCUAUCACCAAUCUUCGAACCAUGACUCCCUGCAUGUCCACCCUGCAUGUCAGCCCCUCAGAAACCUUAGCUGAGUGAUGUUUGGUCCAUCUCCAGUGUCCACGUCCGGCAAGACCUACGGAGCACUCCCAGUUCACCCAGCAAUCCUCAUCUGCCCACCAUCACAGAGGAGUGACUAGGAGAAACAGAGAGAGAGACAGAGAGAGAGACAGAGAUGAGAAAGCAAGACAGAAAGGUACAGAAGAUGAGAGAUAAUAUGUUUAGAGAAAAGAAAGUGUUUUAGUUGGCUGAAACAAUUACCUUAUCAAAUAUCUUUGAAUAUCCAUAAAUAUUCAGUAAAAUUAGGUAACAUGGAGGCUGGAUACAAGCAUUAUUACUUAGUUUUUAUGGAAGUUUGAAAUUUAAGUAUGAAAAAUGCAGAAAUCAUUCAGAAAAUAGCAAUCGCUGUUCUCUUUUUGGCAUUGAGUUGUGUUCAUGUAGGACAGUUUUACUCCUAGUAAAUCCUCAAAUAUAAAAACAGAGCUUCUCUGAAAAAGUGGCCAAGUAUAGAACAGAGAGGACCGUUCAGGUAGCCCAGGAGACAGAAAUCUCUCUUAUCUUUCCUCUCUCAUCCUCGAUGGAUUUUUGGGCGGACUGCCUGCAGGAAAAAAAGUGCUGAACUAAACGUCAUCCACUGAUCUGCCUACAGAGACGAAGCAGACACUCUGUGGACACAAGCCCAGCAGCACCUGUGUUCGUGUCCAUUCAUUAUCUCAUAGAUGCCAUUAAAAGCUGGUGAAGUGAGGACAGUUUAACUCUCACCCAGCAGCUUGAGAACAUUUUUACCUUGUGUUGUUAAAACUUCACCAGCUGAGAUGUUACAGAAACUUAAGAAACAGUGAAUAUAUACUUCUGUAGUAGUUCAUUAAGCCCAAUUCAGACCAGAGAUUCACAACAUGACCAUUUCAAAACUUUGGGAGUUAACUGAGCCGUUAUACCUGGAUCAGGCUGGCUGAUGGCGCCAAGUCUGCAAUUUUUUUUGUAUAAUGAAUUUUAACAGCCAAUCUGCACCACCAAGCUCACAGAGGAUUUUAGCUGCUCUGGAAAUAACUGUGAGAAAUUGACAAAAAAUUGGAUAUCUCUGACUUCAAGCUCAUGGCAUAGAUUAGCAUAAGCCCCCUAGGUGUACCACUGAAGCACCCACAGGUUCCUCCAAAGUCUGGAUCCCCUUGUUUUUUAUGUCUUCAUUUGUUUGACAAAAGCAGAAUUGCAUUAUCACAAAAUAUUUGCAGCUACAUGAGAUGCUGGAAAGCAGAAUUGAAACUGAAGCACAAGAGAGUCGUUGCUAUCCAACAGACCAGCCUGUUGCAGCAGUUCCAUCUCAUUUCGUUUGGUAUUUUUGGUCUGAAAUGGGCUUUAGUCGCUGUCACUCCUCCUGUCUCGUGUUUUCCGUCGAUAAAAACCAAAUGAGUCAAAGAGAGAGUGACUGAGGUGAACUUGGAGUAAAAAAACACAUGGACGAUGAUCAAAUGGACUCUUCUGUGGGAGCUUUUUCAUUUCAAAGCUGUAAAUAUUUCAGAAGCCUCAGACCAAACCUUAAACUAUGUUUUAUAUUUUAAUCCGUGUUGGAUGGGGAGUAUGAGCUGAGCACUGUUGGUCUGACAGAAUGAAUGUAAAUCUGAAGGUUGAGAGAGUAUUGUUAGUAAUUAUUUAUGUUUUGUACUAAAGUGAAUGUACUAUCAAGCUGGACUGUCUCUUAAAAGCAUGUGGGGAAUGUUUUUGGCUGGAAGUCGUUUCAGUUUGGCUGGAGAUUUGUGCCAAAUGUAGAAUUAGCUGCUCUGAAAAAAAUGUAAAGAUGCUUUUAAGAAAUCAGAACUUGUGCUCUUUAUAUGGGGCAGCAAAUACAACAUCUGCUUUUUCCUUAAAAUAAACGCACACAGUACUUUGCAGAAGUAUUAUCAUCAAGUCUAUCUGUGCUUUUUUCCUUGCCUUCUUUAACCAAUUUAAAAUCUGAAAUCCAGGGUUAUUUUCUGGACUUUCAGGUUUUAAAACCAUGAGGUUGA